AAAGUCCUAGCCACUGGGGGCCCUGAACACAGUCAUUUCCUCCUUUUACCUUAAGUUAGCAACUAGCUUUAACAACUGAUUCUCUGAGCCCAGAACUAGGGAUUCCUGGGUCUCCUCUUCUCCAUCCCUGACCCUACUCCACACUGGCCAUAGUGCCAUGAAGGGUGCCAGCACUUCACUCAGGUUGCCCCUGCUUGGGAGCUUUCUCUGGGCCUUGGCUUCAAGCUAUAACCUGGAUACCAGACACUCCCAGAGCUUUUCCUUCCAAGAUGCAGGGAACCAUUUUGGGUAUCAGGUCCUGCAAGUUGGAAAUGGGGUCGUUGUGGGAGCUCCUGGUGAGGGGAACAAUACCGGGAACCUCUAUCAGUGCCAGCCGUCCACAGGACAUUGUCAGCCAAUGGACCUGCAAGAUGCCAAUCUCACUUCCAAGUAUCUAGGCAUGACCUUGGCCACAGAUCCCACAGAUGGACGCUUCAUGGCUUGUGACCCUGGGCUGGCAAGGGAAUGUGAUCAGAACUUCUAUCUGAGCGGUCUUUGCUAUAUCUUCCCACCAAAUUUGGGCGGCCCUGCACUUCUUGCGUAUCCUGGUUAUCAGGAUUGUCUAAAAGCAAACGUAGAUUUGGUGUUCUUAUUUGAUGGAUCCUACAGCAUAACUAAUAAUGAUUUUAAGAAAAUCCUGGAAUUCAUGAAAGAUGUGAUGAGAAAACUGAGCAAUUCUUCGUUCCACUUUGCAGCUGUCCAGUUCUCAAGCUCCUCCAAGACUGAAUUCUACUUCUCAGACUAUAUCAAGACAAGAAACCCUGAUACUCUGCUAGAUAAUGUCACACACAUGCAAGAGCUCACCAACACCUUUGGCGGCAUCAAACAUGUUGUAAAGGAUGUGUUUGAUGCGAGUCGGGGUGCCCGCCCUGAAGCUGUGCGAGUAAUGAUCAUCAUCACAGAUGGGGAUGCUACAGACAGCGGAGACAUCGAGGAAGCCAAACACAUCAUCCGCUAUGUGAUUGGGAUUGGGGGUGGAAUUCAAGAACCUGAGAAACUUGAUGAUUUUGCCUCAAAUCCCAAGAAGGAUUUUGUGAAGAUUCUGGACACUUAUGACAAGCUUAAAGGACUGUUUGAUGACCUGGAGAAGAAGAUCUAUAAUAUUGAAGGCACUAGUAAACAGCAAGAUAAGAUUGAUUUCAAGAUGGAGCUGUCAUCCAGUGGCAUCAGUGCUGACCUCACUAAGGGCCGCAGUGUGGUGGGAGCUGCGGGGGCUCUGGACUGGGCUGGGGGGUUUAUUGACCUGGAGCAAGAUCUGAAGGAUGAAACAUUCGUGGGUAAUCAACCCAUGAACCAGGAGGCAGAGGAUGGGUACUUGGGCUAUACAGUGACCUGGCUACUCUCCCAGGGAAACAGGAAACUAUUGGCAGCUGGUGCUCCUCGAUAUCAGCAUGUAGGUCGGGUGCUCCUCUUCCAAGAACCAGACAGCAAGGGAGGAAACUGGAGCCAAGUGCAGAAGCUUGAAGGGCCCCAGGUUGGCUCUUACUUUGGUGGGGAGUUGUGUGGGGUUGAUGUGGACCAAAAUGGGGAGAUGGAGCUGCUAUUGGUUGGAGCUCCCCUGUUCUAUGGGGAGCGGAGAGGAGGCCGUGCUUUUGUCUACCGUAGGAAAGAGCUGGCAUUCCAGAUGAUGAUGGAGCUUCAAGGGGAAACUGGCUAUCCCCUGGGUCGUUUUGGGGCAGCCAUCUCUGCUCUGACGGACAUUGACGGGGAUGAUUUGGCAGAUGUGGCUGUGGGAGCCCCACUGGAGGGGAGGGGUUCCAUCUACAUUUACAAUGGGAAGCCUGGUGGACUCAGUUCCCGGCCUAGCCAGCGCAUUGAGGGCAUCCAGGUAUCCCCAGGACUUCAGUACUUUGGACGAUCCAUCCAUGGUGUCAGGGACCUUGGAGGAGACGGACUCGUAGAUGUGCUUGUAGGGACUCAGGGCCAAGUGAUUAUGUUGAGCUCUCGUCCAGUCUUGGACAUAAUCUCUUCAAUGGACUUCUCCCCAGUGGAAAUCCCAGUGCAUGAAGUGGAGUGCUCCUACCAGGCCAGUACAAAGAGGUCUGGGGUCAACAUCACUGUAUGCUUUUGGGUCAAGAACCUCACACCCAAAUUCCUAGGUCCUCUAGUGGCUAAUCUCACGUAUAUCCUACAACUGGAUGGACACCGGAUGAGAAGUCGGGGUUAUUUCCCUGGAGGGAAACAGGAGACUGGAGGGAACAUGACUGUCACCACAAAGGAAUCCUGCACCCAACACUGGUUUAAUUUUCCUGAAUGCAUUGAAGACUACAUCUCCCCCAUCAAUGUCUCCCUGAGAUUCUCUCUUUUUGAGGGUGAAUACAAUAAAAUACAGCCUACGAUGAGGCCUGUCCCACAUUCAGAGACCAAGGAGAUUCCUUUUGAGAAGAAUUGUGGGGAUGAUAAGAAGUGUGAGGCCAAUCUGAAGCUGAACUUUCAUUCCAAAGGAUCUCCUGAGUUGCACCUGGCCCCCUCAUCUAGCCUCUCUGUGGUUUUGGAGCUGAGUAAUGUCGGAGAAGAUGCUUACCGGGUUCACUUGGUCUUGACUGUUCCCUGGAGCCUCUCCUUCAGAAAAGUGUCCAUGCUCCAGAGUUGGGUCCCUGUCAGCUGUGAGGAAGAAAGUCAUGAGGCCAGGCUCUCUGCCUGGACUCUGUAUUGCAACGUGAGCUCCCCCAUCUUGAAAGGAGGCAGUACGGUAUUUGUCCAGAUGAUGUUUGACACCUUGUUGAACAGCUCCUGGGGGGACUUCCUGGAGAUGAACGCAAAUGUGAACAGUGACAAUGAGGACUCCAUACUACUCAAGGACAAUUUGGCCACCAAGAGGAUCCCCGUCCUGUUCCCUGUCAACGUGAUGGUUGAAGACCAGGGGAACUCCACUCUGUACCUCAAUUUCACCUCCAAAGGCCCCAAGAUUCACGUGAUGCAGCACAUUUAUGAGGUGAUGGCUCAGAUCUUUGUUGAUGCCCCACCUACUCUAGAAAUCAUUGUCUUUGUACCAAAAAGCCAGAUGAAGGAAUUCUCUACAAAGAACUGGACUGUUCAAGUGGAACCCCCAGUACCCUGCUAUCUUGAGAACCCAGAUGGAUUGUCCCACUCCACUCAGGCCCAUGUCCUAGGGCCUGUCUUCCGGUGUGUAGUUGAUUUCAGGAGAAAGAUCUUCAUUCAAGUGAGUGGAGUGGUAGAAAUCACUGGAGAGAUCCAGGCCUCUUCCAUGUCUAGCCUGAGCAGCAACAUCUCUGUGAUCUUCAACUCCAGCAAAUACUACCACCUCUAUGGCAAGGCAUCUGCCCAAUCCCAGGUUGUUACAAAGGUGGACAUUGUGUAUGAGAAGAAUCUUCUCUACCUCUACGUGCUUAGCGGAAUUGGUGGCUUGCUUCUCUUUCUGCUGAUUUUCGGAGUGCUCUACAAGCUCUCUUGGCCAAUCAGGAAGCCCCUUGUUAGAGUGUGUGCCUGGGACAAAAUCAGGGAGGUGAGUGGGAUUCUUUCAUAGUUAUUCACUCAUUAAGAUGAUAUCCUUCAUCCUUUUAAAAUUGCUGGGAGGAGGAAAUAGGGAAAAAUAAAACUAUCACCUACAAUUUAAAAUUUCCUGGUCUUCUCAAAAUUAGAAGAUACAACGUCUUGGGCAGUACAUUCAGGCAAGCCUGUCUUUGGCACAAGGUGAAUGUCAUUGUACUGGGCAGUGUGACUCAGGGAAGCAGCAGGUGGGGGAGAUUUAGUUGGCCCCAAUUGACUGGUACUAUAACCCCCCUGAUGCUCACAUUCAGUGCAUACACUGACUCCUAUCCCCAAGACCCAGCACUAGGCCAGUCUUCUGCCAACCACACACCUGUCAAAUGGUCCUUUGCUAAUUACUUUUCGCCUUUCAAUCUGAUUGCCUUCAGGGGACACAAUUAUACAGAUUUUCAGAGUUGGAAGGGGCCUUCUAGUCCAACCUCUACCCAACAAGGAUUCUUCACCACAACUAACAUUCCUCCCAAAUAAUUCUCCAGUCUCUGUUUAAAGACCUCAGUGAAAUAGAGCCCACUACUUCCUGAGGCACCCCAUCCCACUUGGGACUAGCUCUCACAAUUAGGAAGGUUUCACCAGUAACAAGCUGAAAUUUGUCUCUCUGUAACUUCUACCCACUGAAUCCUAAUUCUGCCCUAUGGAGCCAAGCAGACUAAGUCCAGCCCUUGAGGACAGCUCUCACAUCCUCCUUGAAUCUUCUCUUCUCUAGGCUAAACAUCUUCAGUUCUUUUCAUCUAUCUUCACAUGACUUGGACUUAAGAACCUUCAUUAUCCUCUGAACCUUCUACACCUUAUCAAUCCUCCCUCUUAAACUGUGGAGUCACUGAGAAACACAGUGUCCAACCAAGCUAUUGCUGUUACUGAUCCCCUUUGAAAUGAAGUAUUCCUAGAAGGUGGCAAUCUCCUUUCCUAAACUAUGCAUUUUCUCAAUUGAUUAUAUUAUUAUCCCCAAAUGCAAUAUUGGCUUCCUUUCAGAACUGGACUGUCACUGUAGGACUGCGGCCAUGGCACCCCAAAUUCAGUCCUUCAAAUGCUUUUAUCCACAUGUUCUGGGAUCAGUGAAAUUAAUACAAAACAUUGCUUCGGGCUUUGCAUCCUCCCUGACUAUAGUAAUGGAUCCUUGCAUUUAUUUCAUCUUUUACAGUUUACAAAGUGGGUUCAUCCUCAUUUCAUCUUCACUUCAUUCUGUAAGGGAGGCAGAACAAGUAUAGUCACACCCAUUUUGUAGAUGAGGAUACUGAGGUUCAGAGAAGCAAAGUGACUUGCUCAAAU